UCCAUCCGCAACCACAAUUCCGCAUCCUCCCGAUUGCAUCUCCUGCGCCGCGCAGUGACACACACACACCCCUCACGGAACCGCCCCCACGGAACCCAGGUCCUCGGAUGCACUGCCUCGCCUGCGCCGCGUCCACCACCAUGCCCGCCGCGCGUGCCGCGGGCAGGAGCAUCGGCCGCCGGAGGGCUGUCGUCGAGUGCGCCGCUGGAGCAACCCACGACGGCGAAGAAGCGCCUCCGAGGGCAUUGAGGGCAACAUGGGAACUUGAUGAAAUGUCAAGCAAAAUAAUAUUGUUUGCAUCAAGAAGGAAGCUUAUUGCACUGUCAGCCUUUUGUUUUUGCUUACAUUCUUCAAGGUACUUCUCAGCACUUGCUUUGGGUGAUCCAUACGUCAAAAUUGAGGAUGUCACUCCUAAGAUUUUCCCAUCUGGUCCAUUAUUCCCAACUGAGAAACGGAUCGCAAAGCUUUUUGAAACAAAUACUUACUCAGUUGUCAACAUUUUUGAUGCAACACUGCGGCCACAGCUUAAUGUAACUGGUGUUGUUGAGAUCCCUGAAGGAAAUGGUUCUGGUGUAGUUUGGGAUGAUUCUGGACAUAUUGUUACAAAUUAUCAUGUGGUUGGCAGCGCUCUUUCCAAAAAUCCGAAGCCUGGUGAAGUCAUUGCACGAGUCAACAUUCUUGCUGCCGAAGGGAUACAGAAAAAUUUCGAAGGCAAAUUGGUUGGUGCAGACCGUGUUAAAGAUCUUGCCGUUCUUAAGGUUGAUGCUCCUACAGAUCUCUUGAAGCCAAUUUAUGUGGGACAAUCCUCAGCUCUAAGAGUUGGUCAACAAUGCUUAGCAAUUGGAAAUCCUUUUGGUUUUGACCAUACUCUAACUGUUGGUGUUAUCAGUGGUUUAAACCGAGAUAUUUUCAGUCAAGCUGGAGUGACAAUUGGAGGUGGAAUUCAAACAGAUGCAUCUAUUAACCCUGGUAACAGUGGUGGUCCUUUGCUAGAUUCGAAGGGGCAUAUGAUUGGUAUUAAUACAGCAAUUUUCACACAGACAGGAACAUCUGCAGGCGUUGGCUUCGCCAUCCCAUCAUCAACUGUACUUCAAAUCGCUCCUCAAUUAAUUCAGUUUGGAAAAGUUCGCCGUGCUGGCUUGAAUGUGGAGUUUGCUCCGGAUCCAAUUGCAUAUCAGCUUAAUGUUCGCAACGGAGCUCUUAUAUUUCAGGUUCCUGGGGGCAGUGCUGCAGCCAAAGCAGGUCUAGCUCCUACCAGCAGGGGUUUUGCUGGUAAUAUUGUUCUUGGUGAUAUCAUCAUUGCAGUGGACGGUAAACCUAUUAAAGGCAAAUCUGACCUACUGAGGGUUCUAGAUGACUACGGUGUUGGAGAUCAGGUGACCUUGACAAUCCGGAGAGGUGCUGAAACUCUUGAGGUAACCUUGUCUUUAGAAGAGGCGAGCAUUUGAUGUGUUUCCGAAGUUCACAUCUCCAAGCUACGGACCGCGGUAUAAGUUUGCGGCAUCAGUCACUCAAGCUAUUUCGUUAAAACAAGAGUCGAUUCAGAGCCCUUUUUCGCCAUAAAUGAUGCUCACUUUCAAGUGUUUAUUUUGUUAAGCUUAUACUGCGAUCAGUCUGAUUCUCAAAACCCGCUGAAAGACUGCGCUCGUAAUCAAUCGAACUUCCUCUCUCUUUUUCGGCUGCCAA